UGGGCCUGAUCUUUAAGCCGAGUGAACUCAAAAACCCGGUCGGGUCGGACUUUUUUUAAUAACUCUCGGAUUUGGGUUUGGUGGCUAUUUGCGUAGAAUUCGAUCGGAAACUCUCUGCAACGGAGGAGAAAUAGAGAACUAUACCUAAAUUUGGCAUGGAUUCACCGCCGAAGAAAAAUCCGAUGGAUGAUUUGUUCGGCGAAGAUUCCGACAAUGACUCACCAUCUUCGCGUUCGAAAUCGUCUUCUUCCGGUAAUGCUUCUUCGUCUUCUUCCUCCUCCUCGUCUUCUUCAUCUUCGUCUUCUGCGGCGGGAGGAGAUGGAGAUGGUGGUGGUGCGGAAUCUGGCAGCGUAAGCGAUAGCGGAAGUGGAAGUAGCGGCGGGAAAGAGGAGCAUGGUGAUGAUAGAGUAGAGAGCUAUAGGAGCAAUGAUAAUGGAGAAAGUGGAAUUUAUCCUUAUGAAGAAGAGGAGGAAGUAGAGGAAGACGAGAAAGAUCUUUUUGGGUCUGAUAAUGAAGAGUAUACUAAGACACCUGCAAUUAGCACUUACUCAAUUCCAGUUUUGCCUGCGGGAUGGAGCAAUGAUAACCAUGGUGGGAGAGGAGGAAUGGGACGGGGUCGUUGGUCAAAUGGGAGAGGAGGACCUGGGCUUCUUCCUCGGCCUGGACCUUACCCUGGACGUGGUAAUCGCGGUGGUUUUGGCGGGAGAUACCAGAAUUAUCAGCGUGAUGAACGUUUUGUUUCUGAGCUUAAGCUUUCAAAAAGCAAUGAAACGUUGGCUAGAAAACAAACCAACUUUCAGGAGCCAUGUGAGCUUACUUGCUACAGUCGAGUAGAAGGUGGAGAAGUAUUCUACGAUGACCGAGGAUUGAGGCUUUUCAAACGUCAUGUUGCUGAAGAGAUUGGUGCGGAUUUAAAUCAAGGUUAUGAUACUUUUAUUGAGAAAAAAGACCUGGGCUCUGAGGGCUUUGGUGACCUUCUUGGCAGUAUUAGAGCAAAAAACAUUUCGCUGGAGAACAUUCAUUUUGUGACAUUUCGUAAUAAUCUAAAUAAGAUAUUGGGCGCUGCUUACAACCGGCAUGAACCGUGGGAAAUGGGCGUCCAUAAGAGAAAUGGAACCAUAUAUUUAGAUGUGCAUAAAUUGCCUGAAAGGCCGCAGAGUGACUUAGAUCGCCGCAGAUGUUACUGGGGUUAUUGUUUCGAAAGCCUUGCGACGGAAGAUCCAGGAAGAGCUUAUGGAGAAGAAGUACAUCAUGUGGAUGCAAAUGUUGAAUUCUGUUCUGUUGUCAAGACUAAACUAGGAGCUCACCGAGUUCUGAUGGGUGCUGAAAUGGACUGCUGUGAUGAAACUGAAGAGGGAAAAAGGAUUUACAUAGAGUUGAAAACAUCUCGUGAGUUGGAUGAUCGUACCGUUGACAGAUUUGAAAGAGAGAAACUGCUUAAAUUCUGGAUACAAUCAUUCGUGGCGGGAGUUCCAUACAUUGUCGUUGGAUAUAGAGAUGAUGGAGGAAGACUGGUACGCACAGAGAGACUAAGAACGAAAGAAAUUGCGCACAGAGCCAGAUUGAAAAACUUUUGGCAGGGAAAAGUGUGCUUGGCAUAUGCCGAUGAAGUUCUUUGCUGGCUAUACGGCACUGUUAAAGAAAACGAAGAUUACAUACUUCAGUUCGUGCACCCUUUCAUGAGACUAGAGCUUCUUCAUGCUCAAUCUUGUCCUGAUGCCAUCACUAAUCAUGUUCACCUUCUACAACAUCCUGCAUCACCACCACCUCCACCUCAGUAACUUUGUGCUUCUUUAGUGGAGUCAUAAACUGUAAUACCUAGGGUUCAAAAUCAAAUUUGAAAUAAAGGUUUUUGAUUUUG